AUGGCGUCGCUUACAACUAAGAGUGGUGAUGUUGAGCUGACCGUUACGUCGUCUCGGUCCACGGACAGAAAAGAUGAUCUUGCACUUGCGAGACUGGGGAAGAAAGCUGUGCUGAAGCGUCGAUUCGGUUUUCUAUCUAUCCUAGGCUUCAGCUGUACUGUCUUGAUCACCUGGGAGGGAUCUCUUGUGUUAUUCCUGGUUGGCUUCCAGAAUGGUGGUCCGGCUGGCGUCAUUUAUGGCUACCUUACUGUAUGGGUCGGUACCGUAUCCGUUUUCAUGGUUCUCAGCGAGCUUGUGUCAAUGGCACCUACAUCGGGUGGUCAAUAUCAUUGGGUGUCUAUGCUCGCACCUCGAAACUCUCAGAAACUGCUGAGCUACAUUUCAGGAUGGCUUACACUUUGCGGCUGGCUGGCAUCCCUCGGCUCCGGCGCCUUCCUCACCGGCGGCCUCAUCCAAGGCCUCCUAAUGCUUUGCCAACCCGAUACCUACGUCCCUCAAAACUGGCAUGUCACCCUCCUUUACUGGGCCAUCAUUGCCUUUUGUGUCUUCAUCAACAUUGCUGCUGGAUGGCUACUACCCAAGUUCGAAGGCGCGCUACUUAUAUUGCACAUCCUGGGUUUCUUUGCCAUUCUGAUUCCUUUGUUGGUGCUUGGGCCGCAGGGAAAUGCUAAGGAGAUAUUUACGACUUUUGUGAACUUGGGGGGUUGGCAGACGCAGGGAUUGAGCUUUUGUAUUGGAAUUAUGGGUAGUGUUUUUGCGUUUGUUGGUGGUGAUGGGCCGAUUCACUUGUCCGAGGAGAUCCACAACGCGCAGAUCGUUGUGCCUCGUUCCAUCAUGACGGGAAUCGCCAUCAACGGCUCUCUUGGUUUCGCGAUGAUACUUACUGUGCUUUUCCGCAUGGGUAAUCUCGACGAAGUGUUGGAGGAAAACCCCGCUUUCCCUUUCAUGGCUAUAUUCCACCGCGCCGUGCAAUCACGCUCUGGUGCCGCAGUCAUGGCAUCUAUCGUCAUGGUACUUACCAUCAGUGCGAACGUAGGCUUCUCCGCCUCAACAUCAAGAAUCUGUUGGGCGUUUGCAAGAGACAGAGGAUUACCUGGAUGGCGAACUUUAAGCAAGGUCAGCGACCGUACGUCCAUCCCCGUCUACGCAGUAGCAGUCACAAGCUUUAUCGCCUGCCUCCUCGCCCUUGUGAACAUCGGAUCGACUGUCGCUUUCAACGGUGUAAUCUCCGUCGCCAUCGCCGGCCUCUUCUCCUCCUACCUACUCACAUCGUCCCUCCUCCUCUACCGUCGCUGCACCGGCGCCAUCCUCGCCCCCAGCGAAGCCUUCGACACAAAUACCAUAUCCACAACGACCAGCGACGGUAUGGUACGUGCUGUAUGGGGCCCUUGGCGUCUUCCCGGCGCGAUAGGCAUCGCGAACAACGUUUUCGCUUGUGCAUAUCUUAGUUUCGUUUUCUUCUUUAGCUUUUGGCCAACGUUUGCGGAGGUUACGCCUGCGAAUAUGAACUGGGCGAUUCUGGUUACGGGGGCGAUUGCGGUGCUUAGUGCGGUUUAUUAUGCGGUUUGGGCGAGGAAGACGUAUCAUGGGCCUGUUGUUGAGAUCGAUGAGCGGGAUAUGAGUGGGCAGGUUAGUGUGGAGGAGCAGCGUCAUGAGCUGGGUAGUAAGUAG